GCUGAGCUUCAAGCGAGCGCGUGGACGAGGCAAGUCCGCCGUGGUGCCUUACUUAGGUUAAUAGGACUGAUUCGUGAACUGUUGUGUUGGUGCAUAUGCUCGCGUCCGCGGUGGCUCGACCAUGUUGAUAUCGGCGGGCAGCGGCCCUACACCCGAGUUUUCACCCGUCUCGUGCUGCGCGUCCUGGAAGAUGGAACCGGCGCCUCCAGCGCCCGCUUCCAUCACACAACCGCUCAACAUAUCAUCCAAUGUGCCAGUAUCUCCAUCUUCAUCGGGCGGAGGCUCCGGCACCGCGCUGUACCCGGGCGCGGCGUCGCACCCCCUAUCGUCAUUGCUGUCGCAGCAGAGGCUACUGGAGCUGUCACGCUUCGGGCUGAGGCACUACGACAUCGCACACCACGUGCUGUCUCAGCAAGGUGCUGUUACUAAACUGCUUGGCACUCUUCGACCUCCGGGGCUAAUCGGUGGGAGCAAACCGAAAGUUGCGACGCCGGCGGUUGUUUCCAAGAUAGAGCAGUACAAAAGGGAAAACCCAACGAUCUUCGCGUGGGAGAUUCGCGAGAGACUCAUUUCUGAAGGCGUCUGUACAAACGCUACAGCCCCAAGCGUAUCGUCGAUAAACAGGAUACUCAGGAACAGAGCAGCAGAGAGAGCUGCAGCAGAGUUUGCUCGUGCGGCUGGCUACGGUCUCUAUGCUGCACCGCCUCCGUACGGUGGAUUCCCCUGGGCUGGUGGCGGCGUCUGGCCUCCGGGAAGCUUGUCCCUACCGCCAGGGGUUCCAGCACCGUCCGUAGGAGUGCCACACCCUGAUGCUGUCAAACAAGGCUUUCUGUCAUCAUCAGGACGAGGGUUUAUUGAUGUGGACGGUGAUGAUUCAGGCUCAUUAGACGGCGAACAACCCAAAUUUAGAAGAAACCGUACAACGUUUAGUCCAGAUCAACUAGAAGAACUAGAAAAGGAAUUUGAAAAAUCUCAUUACCCAUGCGUAUCGACGCGAGAACGGCUAGCUUCUAAGACUUCCCUCUCUGAGGCUCGUGUCCAGGUUUGGUUUUCCAACAGACGAGCCAAGUGGAGGCGCCACCAGCGCAUGAACCUCCUCAAGCGCGGUGGCGGCUCCCCCUCGCACCGCCUGCCCCGCUCCCCCUCCCGCUCCCGUUCGCGUUCUUUGUCCCCCGCGCGCGUCCCCUACCAUACCCCCCAGAUGGGCGGCGAGAAUAGUGCGUUCAAGGCUCUCGCGCACCAGGACGCCAACGCGCUGAAAGCUCUCUCGCAGCAGGCUCAGUUCGAGAGCGGCGCGCUGAAGGCGCUGUCGCAGCAGCAGUUCGACGGCGGCGCCUUCAAGCCGCACCCCGCCCUGGAGAACAGCGCGUUCAAGGCGCUCGUCCCGAACUCCGCCGCCGCCGCGCUGUUAGCCGCACAAUCGAUACAAUUAGCUCGCGGGUACGAAUCUCAUUCCGAUUCCGACGAGGAAAUAAACGUCCACGAGAGUGAAGACGAAGCCGAGAAACAGAUUAACAAAACCCGAUCUAAAUCUCCGAGCCCCGAUCGGCAUAGAAUGACGUCUAAUGACUUGCCGCUACAAUUAACUAAACAUGACCGUUGAUUAGGAUUACUGUUAAUUUAUUUCAUUUGUAAUAAGAAAAUAAUGAUUCCUAUUGAAUAUCGAUGUUCCGAAUAAAUAAAUUAUGUAAAUUAUAAUCCUAGAUAUAAUUCACUCGUCCGCUUGUAAAUUAAUGUAAAUAAAUAUAAGUAUUAAGGUUGUCAAUAAAAUGUAAAAGAGGGCUAUAAAUUUAAGUAUGCACAAAUAAACUGUUCAAUAAUAAAUAAUUUAUCCACGACUUGAAAAUAUGAGAUCCAGGAUUCUAAUUGUAAUUAAUAUUUAGUACACUUUUAACUCAGAGCAUAGGAAACAAUGCAGUUUAGGCAGAAUGUAAAAUCUGGUCCAGAUACACGUCAUCUUACCGGUCAAGACCUGCAAAUUAUAUUAUCGAACAAAAAUAUUAAAACACUUUUCAAAAAGUUUAACUCAAGAAAAGUUAAAGUGCUUGGUAUUGCAAAUAGGUUUACAUUACAGUAAAUCCAUUCUACGUAUAGUUCACCUAAAGCAUACGUCUUUAAAACCACGAAUACUUAAAUGAAAUUAAUUUGUUUUUGAAAAUGAAAGAUUACUUAAUUCAACAAUAAUAAUGUAUUCAUAUAAAGUGCUUUUUAUUAUCAUGAAAGUUUUCUUAUACUCGUAGGUCUUGUGACGAUAUUUUACCGGAAAAAAGAUGUAGUUUGUGUGCAAUGAAAAAAUGUUUGUGUAGUACUAUAACAAUUUACCAAAGUGUCAUACAAAAAUCCAUGGUCUCUUAUUGUUUAUAGUUCCUAUUUAUGGAUCGUAUUUAUAAACGUAACCACACACCUAAAGACAUAAAAGAUAUAUUUUUUAUUCUUGUUUUUUCAUAAUCUUUAAUCUUUAAUCGGUAACUAACUGACAUCAACGUUGAACUCAAACCAUUGGAUUUAGAUAUUUUUUAUAUAAAUAGCAAGCAAACGUGCAGGAGAGUCGCCUGAUGUUAAGUGAUUAUCGCUGCCCAUGAACAUAUUUCAGUACCAGAACCGCCAAUACGUUGCCGGCUUUUUAAGAUUUUUUAUGAACCGUCCCGUGAAACCCCAUGUUGAAAUCUAGUGGAAAAUGGAUAUAGGAGAACUCUAUAACGUAGACUAUCACAGAAAAGCCGGAGCGGGUUAACUAGUAUUAUUACAUCUAACUAAAAUCUAAUGUAGUAAAAAAUUUAUAAAAUUAUUUAUUUGCCUGCAUGAGUCAAGUACAAAGUCAGGAAAAUUAGGUAUUUUAUAUUUUCACAGAAAUCCAUUCCAAUUUACUUUAUGAAGUGUUGAUUGGUAUAAAUGUACGGAAAAUCAGUAAAAAUCAACGAAUUAUGAAAUUAUUUAACAAUUCCUAUAAAGUCACAGACAUCUAUCUGCUUUGGUAAGUAGAUCAUCAUUUAUAAGUUUAUCAGAAUUUUGAUGAUAACAAAUGUAAUAUAAUUUGUAAAAAGGGCACCCUUGUAUUAUAUGAUCGUGUUAUUUGUAUAUAUUGUUAAGCUUUCUUAAGCACUAUGGACUAUUUAUUAAUAGACAGAUGACAUGUUAUUACAUAUUACUGUGAAAAAAGUAGGCAAUUUACAUACGUACCUAUGAAAAUAUUGAAAUAAAGUUUAUUGAAAGUA